AAUAAUGUUGCUGUCAUGCAUACUGAGAAGAACUAUUUUAACAACUUGUUCAACACAGUUAUGGAUGUCGCCGGCAAAACAAAGGAUAAUCCUAAGGCCAGACUUGACUUACCAGAAUAUUGCAAACACAGAGAAUUAAUCUUACAGGAGGGGCCCAAUGGCAAUGUUCUUAAGCCCAAGGCUAGUUUUUCAUUUAAGUUGGACCAAAAGCGUCAAAUAUGUGAGUGAGUCCAAAGUUUAAAGAUGCCCGAUGGAUAUGCCUCAAAUUUGGGAAAGAGGGUUGAUAUGGCACAAGGAAUCUUGCAUGGAAUGAAAAGCCAUGAUUGUCAUGUUUUCAUGGAACAAUUACUUUCAAUUGUUUUUAUUGGUUUACUUGAAAACAUGUGGAAACCAAUAGCAGAGAUCAGUUUGUUCUUUAAAUACUUAUAUGCCACCACAUUAAAAGAAGAAAAUCUGACGGGAAUGAAAAGUAAUAUUGUUGUUAUCACCAACAAGCUGGAGAAGAUUUUUCCGUCAACGUUUUUCGAUGUGAUGAAACAUCUUCCCAUUCACCUUGUGCACAAAGCUCGGCUAGGCGGUCCAGUUCAAACUAGGUGGAUGAAUCCAUUCGAACGGGCAAUUGAAAAAUUGAAAAGGGGUCCCACAAACAAACAUAGGGUGGAAGGCUCUGUAGUUGAGGAUGGGCGGCGAUUACAUGUAAUUGAAAGAUAUUUAGCAACACCUGAUCAAAUUGUUGGAGAAUAUCUUCUACCAGGUGGCUACCUCAAAUUGCUUGAGUUGGGACUCGAAGAAUGUGUGGAGAACAUUGAUGCUCAGCGAGUUUUUGGGUAUGUUCUUUUCAAGGAUGGCAAAAGCACCCGAAUACCGUAUCCCUUGGAGAAAUUUCGCGCAGAUGUUUCUGGAAGGGGCUUUCACAAUGGGCCCUUCAUCCAAAGAAUGAGAGAAAAAGUUGUGUAUUUACCCAAUGUCAAACUGGAGCAAGGAACAGUCACAACUCUGCUCGAAGAGAAGGGAACCAUUAAAGGUGUACAGUACAAAACUAAAUCUGGUGAAGAGCUGAAAGCAUGUGCACCAUUAACCAUUGUGUGUGAUGGUUGUUUCUCAAACCUGCGACGUACCCUUUGCAACCCAAAUGUAGAUGUGCCUUCUUAUUUUGUUGGUUUGAUCCUGGAGAAUUUCCAACUUUCACAUGCAAACUAUGGACAUGUCUUUUUGGCUGACCCUUUACCUCUCGUGUUCUACCCCAUAAGCAGUACUGAGGUCCGCUGUCUGGUUGAUGCACCUGGUCAAAGGGUUCCUUUUAUUUCCAACGGUGAAAUGUCUAAAUACUUGAAAACUGUUGUUGGCCCCCAGGUCCCUCCUGAGAUACACGAUCCAUUCAUUGCCGCAGUAGAUAAAGGAAACAUCAGAACAAUGUCAAACAGAAGCAUGCCUGCUGCUCCUCAUCCAACUCUUGGUGCUCUCCUCAUGAGUGAUGCAUUUAAUGUGCGUAAUGCCUUAACUGAUGGAGGGAUGACUUUAGCAUUAUCUGAUGUUGUUGUGCUAUGUAAUUUUCUCAAACCCCUUCAUAAUUUCAAUGAUGCAUCGACCCUCUACAAAUAUCUUGAGUCCCUUUACACCUUACGUAAGCCUGUGGCAUCUACUCUCAAUAUAGUGCCGGAUGCUUUUUAUAAGGUGUUUAGUGCUUCACCUGAUCAAGUUAGGAUUGAGAUGCGCCAGGCAUGCUUCGACUACUUGAGCCUCGGAGGAGUUUACUCGACAGGACCAAUAUCUUUGCUUGCUGGCUUAUUAAAUCCUCGACCAUUCAGUCUUGUUUGUCAUUUUUUCACUGUGUCUAUCUAUGGUGUCGGACGAUUACUACUGCCUUUCCCAUCACUCAAACGGAUGUGGAUCAGUGCCAGACUGAUCUCGAGUGCAUCUGGAAUCAUUUUCCCCCUAAUCAAGGCAGAAGGGGUUAGGCAAAUAUUCUUCCCUAUGACUCUUCCUGCAUAUUAUAGGGCUUCUCCUAAAGUGAGGUUGUAACCACCAAAAACGGAAAAUUUUAAUCAAGAUCUAAGUCACUCCGACUCUUCACUUUUGGUACCGGACCCGUGUCGACACGACAUGACAUGGGUGUGGUGUGAGAUUUGUAUCCUAUCUGGUCACAAUCGAUCUAGGGUAUUUUGACCAAAAUUGAGUGGUUUAUGUAGUUAAAACAAAAGCUAAGGUGAAAUCGAAGAAAACAGAAUACCUUAUCUAUAGAAAUUUCAAUUUUAUUGUUUUUCUUUUAUCUCCUUUCAGGAUUCUCUUCUUGAUCAAUAUUUUCGCAAGUCCAAAUAAUAUCUCAUAGUUUAGUUUUUGUAUCUCUAUUGUUAGAUAUUUAAAUUAUUUUUAGUUGAAUCUCAGCACUCGUAUCCG